AAAAGAAUAUUGCCGAAACGUAUUUCGCUAAUAAUUAAAAAAUAACAAAUAGAAUAACAUAAAUAAGUAUGAGGAGUUUGAUUAAAAAGUUUAUCUCGGUUACAAACUUUUCAUUUGUUAGGAAAAAUAUUGUUAGACACUCUUCAACUAAAAAAUGUGAUGCUAUAAAAUCGGAUGAAAAACCAAAGCAUGUUGAAGAAAUUAAAAAGAACAUAUGCGUUGAAAACUAUGGUGGUGUGACGACUCUAAAUAUAGAUCGUCAAAUAACUCGAAAUAGUCUUGAUGAAGCAACUUUAAGGGAGAUGACAGAAGCUAUUAAUGCCUUUGACAAAGAUCCUGAAGCUAAAGUUUUAGUUUUCAACGGUGAAGGAGGAAGUUUCUGUUCAGGAUUUGAUCUGGAUGAAGUUGGUGAAAAAGGAUACAACACAUUAUUAGAUGCAGCAUCUCGAUUUUUUCGUCGACCGCUCUGCGACAAGCCUACUAUAGCUGCAGUCACGGGCUAUGCAGUGGGAGAAGGCUUUGAGCUGGCUUUGGCUUGUGAUCUUCGAGUGAUAGAGGACACGGCGAUACUAGGAUGUCUUGGAAGGCGAUUUGGCGCUCCUCAAAGCCUCUAUGGUGGCAGACGACUGACUUCUCUCAUAGGGCUGUCUCGUGCCUUGGACUUAUUAAUGACGGGUCGGCCUAUUACUGGGUGUGAUGCAAAUGUUAUGGGCCUCGCCUGCAAGUUAACUUCUACUGGCACUGCACUUGGCGAAUCGAUUAAAUUAGCGAAGUCUCUCAUCAAAUUCCCACAAAACGCAAUGAUAAUGGACAAAUUAGCAGCUGUCAACUCCCAGUUGAAUCCUAACAGCGAAGAGAGCAUGCGUGAUGAAGCAGUGAUGCAGAGCUUGUUAGGUUCGGCUAUUGAAGAUUUAAACAAUGGAAUUAAGAAGUUUCAAGGAGGUAUCGGAAAACACGGCAAGUUUUAUAAGCUAACCGAUGUGCCUGUAGAAGAUUGGGAGCUGGAAGUAAGUGUUAAAGAAGUCAUAGUUAAAGAUGAUGAAGACAAGAAAAAAAAAUGAUUGUCUAUGAUAUCUUAGUUAGGUUUUUGUUUGCCCCUUUUUUAAGUUUGUUGUAAGUAGUACCUAGUCUUAUUUCAUUCGAGCCAUUGAAAUAA